UCAGGAGCUCGUGAUAUGUAUCGAGCAUACAGUGAUAUGAAGGAUGCCAACUGGAAAAAUUCGGACAAAUACUUUCAUGCCAGAGGAAACUAUGACGCUGCCGCAAGAGGAGCGGGGGGCAGAUGGGCAGCAGAGGUUAUCAGUAAUGGCAGAGAGUGGGUGCAGGAAAGAACAGGUCACGGUGCUGAGGACUCUGCUGCUGAUCAAAGGGCAAAUGAGCAUGGGCGCAAUGGAGGAGAUCCCAACGUUUACAGGCCACCAGGACUUCCUGACAGAUAUUAGUAUGAAAGCCAUUGACAUCAAUCAAUAA